AUGACUUCAGGGGCGAUAAAUAAUAAACUAGAAGUUCAUCCAACUGUGACGGUAAUGACUGGCAAAGACAACGUUGAUUUCAUUGUGGACACUGGUGCAACAGUUAAUUUAAUGGAAGAAUUUGACUAUCUGCGACUUAAAGAUGUCACCCUGCAAAAGUCAUCAAGGAAAAUAUUCUUGUAUGACAGCGAAAUCCCUCUGACGAUUCUUGGUAAGUUUAAAACUGUUAUUGAAACACAGAAAAAAAUUACCUGCACAGAAUUCUACAUAGUUAAGAAAAAUAUACCCUGGGUGCCAGAGGUUUUUCCACGCUCACAAAAAAGCCCGCAAAAUAUAGCGACGGACGGGUGAGUGGGAAAACCUCUAGAACCAAGCGUGCUAUUUUACUGUUUUGUUUGAUCUCCCGCUAACCAAUCAAAAUGUGUAUAAUCUUCUCAGAAAAGUCGAGACAAAGCGUUUCAAUGGAUUUUUUCUAACAUACUGUAAACAAAGUUUUCAAUUUCACGAAGUGAUUUCAUAGCGUGAUUUUAGCUUCGCUUCUCAACGAGUUUGCCUGUCACACCAGUGAAAAUUAUAUACAAAAACGCUUACCUGAUUAUUUAAAUUGCUGUAUUUAUGGAGAGUCCAUAUCUGUUGAAGGAGGACUUUAUAGAAUUUGGGGGGGGGGACUAAAAAUGUUUUAAUUGUUUUAAUUCUUAGUGAGGCUACUGGUUCGCCAGUAUUAUGCAAAAAAUGUUUGUGUAGCUUGGAACGCUAUAAAAGUACAUUUGAAGAAAUAAGCAACCUGAAAGAAUCUCAUCGGAAAAAUUGUGAAGAAUGGAGUUCCGAAAAUAUGACGCAAAAAUUUGCAAACUCGCCUGGUCAUGGUGUGAAGAGAAUUGCUUCAGUUCCGCAGCGAAUACAAACUGCGAGGCGUUCACUAUUACCAGCUGAUAAUACAACUAUACAUCAAACGUCACAAAUAAGGAAAACACUGUGUUGUCAUUUUGGAGGCAUGUGUUUUAUCGUUAUAAGUACUAUUUACAACAUGAGCAGCCGUGUUGUAUUGGAUAUACAAACUCGAGCCGAAGGCGAGAGUUUGUAUAUCAGAUACAACAAGGGCGCGAAAAAUGACUCAUCUUAUGAGUUCAUUGGCGAAGUAAUUUUAAAAAUAAAUGUCUAAGCCGAGAAAAUCAAAGUUAAAGUUUAUGUAAAUCAACAUGAAUCUGUAUCACAUAUACAGACUCCUUUACGCCCAUGAUUUCUUUUGUGUUUUCUUCAUGAAUUAUUAAUAAGUUUUUAAACUAUAUUUGUGUGCACAUAAGGCAACCAAAUUAAGCAAUAGGUUGAGAACGACAUAUCUCUCCGACAAUCGAUGAUAUAAUUUCUGAAUUAGGGCAAGCCCAAACUAAUGACCCUUUCACCAGGUGCAAUACAUGAUUUAAACUGGUGGUAUACAUCCAUCUUUUCUGCUUAUAACCCUAUUAGUCAUGGUAAACCACAAGUCUAUAUUACUACCGAUGCAUCUUUAACAGGAUGGGGUUGUUCACUUGAUGACGUGAAUGUUGGGGGGAAAUUGGACACCAACAGAGGCAGAAUAUCACAUAAAUUUAGAAAUGCUUGCAGUUUUCUUUGCACUCAAUCAUUUUCUUCACAAACUUCUGACAAACAUGUUAAUGUUCUAAGUGAAAAUACCAUGGCUGUUGCUGGUAUCAAUUAA